ACGAGUAUUGUUAUCUCAUGUUAUAAUAAUUUUUGUCAUGUCAGUGCAAUCUAAGAUAAUAAUUUGUUAGAUCACUCCGUAAACAGCGCAUGCAACGUAGAGGAUUAUUUUGGUGAAAUUGGGCAUGGCUUCGAAUAAACCUAAAAAGCGCGGAAAUCGGGCUGGUGACAAUAAGGUGAGAAGAAUUAAAAUAUUUAUUGGUAAUAUCAAGAUUUUGUUGGCACCUCACUCGUUUGAAUAUAGUUGAAGGAUAUUAAUUAAAGAUGGAAAUUUUUUAGUUUAAAUUAUCGCAGCUGUUUCUGGUCUGGAUCAAAUAAGUGUUUUUUAAUUUCUACUCGAUACGCUUAAAAUAUAUAUUGAAAACCGUUGCCUGUCGUAAUAAGCCUUGGUCAGAUUCGACAAUAGCAUCUUUUGAUCCAACGUUUCAAUUAGAGAGCGUAUCGUUGUUAUUGACUUCUUGUCUCCGUGAUAGUGGCUUAACAUCUUCAAGCUACUUCAGAAACUAACUGGUCUUAAUAGUUUUUUCCAAGGCCGACACUGACAAACGCCAUGUACUGUCGUUGAUCUCUGAGAUCAUCGAGGUUCGAAUGCUGCUUAUAUAAGCCCCUGAAAACACCUAUAUUAAUCGAUCGACAAAUGCUUCGAGAUUGCUAUUAGCGAGAUCACGCAAUUCUUGUGUUUCAUAUGACGUCACAGAAGUGACGGGGGGUCAACUCUAAAACAAAACACAGUUAUCAGAGUGAGUCGAUUGUUCCUUUUAUGUAGUAGCCUUGUGUUUGGUGGCAAAUAUAUGGAAUUUCGUACCAUUUUCUCACUCCAAUACAGCAUAGGCGUCAAUACAUUUGAGGCAGUGACCUCCCGUCAGAUUCACUGCAUAAUGCCGUAGUGAAACCCAAUAAUAUGUUUCCACGUCAACAGCUAAGCGUUUAUUUGUCUAACAUGUGAACACAAAUAAAUAUGGAUUAAGGCAUCUUAGAACAUUCUUAAUACAAAAUGGAUUGUAUAUACAAUAUUGAUUAUAUUAUUGACUCGUUCUCCGAAGUAUGUUAAAUGCCUGAAAGUCGUCGUAAAUCAUUCUUAAUUGCAUUCUGUAUAUAAACUAUCGAAGCAUAUGCAUAGCGAUGCGUGAGUGUGUUAUAUAACCUUGUCGACCAUUUGGUAUUUGCUUCUUGAAGCCUAAUACAUUCUAGUGAGCCAUAUUUACUUUUUUAAUGUGCUAUGCUUUGGUUAUUGAACUUGAAAGAUACAGGUAAUCCUAGACAAAACCAUUUGCGACAUUCUAUUAAAACAUUCCUUUGUGACUUUUUUAAUGUUACGCUGGAAUAAUUGACUCGAUUACCUCCUCCCCCCUCCCCCCCAAAAAAACAAAACCAACGAACAUUGCUGCUUUUUAUUUCCGUACUCUCCGAAUGCAAUUAAUUAACGUUGGAUUUUGAGGGUAAGAGGGAUGUUUUUUCAAAAUUCGCGAUAAUAUUACAAAAUUUUGUCAAAUAAUUGGAAGUGUCGCAGAUGUUUUGUCCAGGAUUGUAGUUACUAUACCAUUUGCGAGCAACCAAGGUUCCACCCAUGAUUUAUAACUGUGAAAAGGGAGGUAUUAGUCAAAUAUACUACCAAAAGUGUGGGCAUAAUGCUUUCACUUGUGCAAACAUUGUAUUUAACAUUCAGUGUAAAUUCGACUGCAUGAAUUGUCGAAACGACGGUUCGUGAAUGUAAUUCGACCAUUGAUUCCUCCAUUUCACGCUCACCCCAGGCCACCCCACCAAACAUCUGGAAUCGAAGCAAUCAACGCGUACAAUGUAUCAUAUAAUGGUGGGGGUCAGUGCUAAUCAUUCUUACUUGCAGCUGCGAGCAAAGCAGAGUUUCAUAGGACGUCGCUCAAUUAACCUAUUCGAAUCGAAGGCUGUCUCAAAAAAGCCUUUGCCAAGGUGCCUAAUUCUUUGAUUUUACGUUUGUAGAAAAUGGGCACAAAACGCAGCAAACGUCAUCGCCAUGAAGGUUUGUUGAACACGGCACUGAUUGUAAUGCCACUUGUAUGUUCCAAAAACCGAGGCCAAAAAAUCCAGUAUGAAUUCGGUACAAUUUGUUGUGAAAUCCGAAUUUAAAAAUCGUUCAAAUCCUAAUAAAAUUUAAAAAUACGGAAGAUGACAAAAAUGCAUUAAAAUUUCUUGUAAGAAAGCCAAUAGAAAUCCUUGAGAAGUAGGCCUACAUCACUCCAUUUCAAAAUCCGCAGAUUUAUGAAAUUUCUAAAAUCUCCUACUCUUUUAGAUGUAAAGUAUGCCCUUCGCCAAAUACUAUGAAUAGCCAACGACUAAAAGCAUUUAUUUCAUAGAAAAUUUAGGAUCAAUUGCAAGGUUAAGAUGACUUAAUAUGAGAAUUCACAUUUUUGACAGAUUUUUUUUGCCAAUGAAAACAAAAUUGAAUACUAAGCUAAAGUAGGAGGUUACAUUCAAUCACCUUGUAAUUAACUUAACCCAAACAUAUGAAUAUGUCGCUAUGUUGCUUAUUUUGAUGCGGGAUCUUAAAUGAAUUAACUUUUGUUAAAUUAGUGUUUUUAAAUCUUUCUCAACAGAUCUUGCAGCUCCUGGGGAUUCCUGCCUUAUAGACGCCAUUGACCAUGAAGACUUUCGUCGAUUGUGGUCUUACAAUAGCACAUCUGGGGGUAGAUACGUCUAUAUAACAAACGACACAGCGCCAGAAGGUAAACUUAUCAAUUUAACGAUAUUAUGCCCUAUAUUUGAUCAAAACCUUUCAUUGAUCAAAACCUUGAUCAAAACCUAACUGACCAAAACCUUUCAUUGCUUUUUCUCGCAAAUCAAUUAUUAAUAUUUCUUCAGGGUAAUUAUGAUAAGGCUUUGAGUCCUGUUGUUGUGGUUACAGCAUUCCAACCGACCAUUGCGUAUAUGAAGGAUAGACAACUUACAUUGACUGUAUAACCUGUUUAUUUUUAUUAAUGAUCAGUUUUCCAUCUACAGAUAGUUCUGCGUAUGUAGUGGAGGCAACUGGCGAACCUCAAGGUACAA